CUUCUUCCUCGUAAUAUUCUCUGCAAAAGAAAGUAAACUGAAUCAGAAACAGAACAGAACUCCAUUUCCAUCGCUCCAUUCUUCAGAUCCAACACCCAAUUUCUUCCUCAGAAAACUAAAACCCAUUUUCCCUUUCGCCCCAACAAAUUCUCCCCCCGAAAAACCCUUUGAUCCGUGCAAAUUUCACUCCAAAACCCUCGAUUUUCCUUCAAUGUCACGGGUCAAAUUCGCUGCCGCCUAUGGCACCGUGCCCUCUCCGCCCCCCGCCACAAUCCCCACCACUUCCGGUGAAGCUCCUCCAUCUUUCCGCUCCAGUUCCUCCUUUCUCGAACACGCUAAAACCACCACGCAAUCCCUAAUCGCCAAACAGCGGCCAUGGCGAGAGCUCCUCGAUUUCUCCGCCUUCUCUCUCCCUUUAAGCUCCGAUGACGCUAUGGCGAGAAUCCGCCAGAACGUGAACUACUUUCACGUUAAUUACGCCAUGGUGAUGCUCGUCAUCGUCUUCUUCAGCUUAUUCUGGCACCCGACUUCGUUCUUCGUUAUCUUGCUCGUCUUUGUCGCUUGGUUGUUCUUCUACUUCCUCCGCGAUCAGCCUCUCGUUCUCUUCAACCAGACCUUCGAUGAUAAAGUUGUUUUGGGGGUUUUGAGCAUUUUUACAAUCAUCGCUCUUGUUUCUACUGAUGUGGGAUCGAAUGUUUUGGGAGCCCUAACAACAGGGACCGUCGUUGUUGCGUUGCACGCGGCGUUUCGGAGUACGGCGGAUCAAUUUCUCGAUGUGGAGACUGCUACACAAGGGGGAUUGCUGUCGGCUGCGGGAAAUCAGCAACAACAACAACGAGGCUACACUCGGAUUUGAUGGGGUUUAUGUCAAAUUGCUGUUCUUCCUGGCUUGGAUUGUUGUGACAUUAGAGAUUCUUGAGCUAGGAUUAGAUGAUACUGGUGUUUAAUUUCCAUGUCUUGAUUGUAUAUUUGGGAUGCAGGGGUUUCUUGAAUUUGGUGUUCAUUUUCUGAAUUUGGUGGAAGAGUUCUUCAUGCUUUUGCCUGUUUUUUUUUCAUGCGCAUAUGUAAAUUAUUCAAUGAUCAACAGUGGCUCAGCUUGCUCACUUGAACAUCUAGCAGGAGGAGCAAUGAUUUGCCUUUGUUCUAUAAUUAUGUUCUUGCAUCAUUUGAUUUGAUCU